AUUUUGCGAGAUCUCAGUAGAGAUCACGCGUGACCAUUACAACGUCCCUAAGCAACAGAAAGCCCGCUGUCUUAAAUAAAAGUUGUAAGAAAGAGUUUUAGUAAGUGAUUUUACGUCUCAUUUACCAAAAAUGACGGGCGGGGCUGAUGAGCAAGUAACAAUGGAGGCGCCACACAUAUAUGUGGAGAGGACACUAGCGAUAAUUAAACCAGACGCACUCCAUAAAGCUGAUGAAAUAGAAGAUAUUAUACUCAGGUCUGGUUUUGCUGUGCUACAGGUAACAGAAACGUCUAAAAUUGUUUAAGUAUUAACUGCAUGUGAGCUACUUUUCUAAAAUUAAUUUUUUGAAAUUAUUGCCUAGUCAUUAGGCUAGGAUUCACUUAGUUUGGACUUAGUGGAAACAUAGUUUUGGCCUGCUUAAAUUAGUACCAAUAGACACUUCCUUAAAUUAACUUAAGUACUUAGACUUAGACUUAAGAAAGUAUUUAAGUCAGUAUAACUUAAACUUGCUUAAAUUAAGUAAUUAAUUUUUUGAAAGUUUAAAUUAAAAUGAAAGCCCUGCCUAUCUAAAUUUUCAGUAUAGGGUUAUACUUAUUAUUUUUCAUGCCCAUAAUUAGGAAUAUGACCUGUGAAACUUAGAAAAGGCCAGAAGUAAAUUGACACUAUUAUUUACUAAAUUUUAGGAUGAAAUUGAACACUCGCAAUUCAAUAAAUAAGACAGUUUGAGAUUUAAACCAUUUUAAAUUGAGCUAAUUUCAGUCAACACCAAAAGUUAAAAUUCCACCAACAAGAUUUAAAAAAUGGUUUUAAAAUUUGUAUUUAAGAAUACAUCAGUAUCCAGUAUUCAAAAUUAAAAAGGAUGUCUUUGACAACAUUUGCACCCCUUUUGUUUCAUGACAAUCAAAGAUAAGAAAGGAACAAAUGAGGAACAAUUAUAAAUUAAAUGAAUAGUUUUUAAAAUUAUAGGCAUUAGUCUCAUUAGAGGGUAAAAAUGUGGUUUUCUUAUAGCAGCUCAACUACAAAUUUGUAUUUUAGAUUUGAUGAAUAAAAUUUGUAUGUCAAGGUGUUUUAUUUUUUACGUCAGCAUGUUGGAGAGUGUAAUUAUCAUUAUUCAAUGCAGGUAUAUGUAUUUUUUCUGAAGGAUCCUUCUACUUCUAAUCCUCAAAACUACAAGAACUUUACUUUGUAUUUAUGGUUUUUACUGGAUGGUACAAGUUUUGCAUUCCUUAUAAAAUUUUUAAAAUGCCAACAUAUAUCACAGAGAUCUCCAGCUACUAAAUAAAAAACAUGUCGAUUCCAGAAAAGAAGGGUCCACCUUACUCCAGAACAGGCUAGUGAUUUCUACGCAGAGCAUUAUGGAAAGUUGUUUUUUCCAAGUCUUGUAGCUUAUAUGAGCAGUGGACCAAUCAUCACACUUAUGAUUGCAAGAGAGCAUGCAAUCUCAUAUUGGCGAGAGCUGAUUGGUCCAACCAAUACACUUAAGGCAAAACAAACACAUCCAGAAUGGUAGGCCUAAAUAUAAUUUUAUUAAUUAAAAUUAUGGGAAAGUUAAAGAGAAGCUAUAAUAAAUUAAUAUUCUACUAACUUAAAUUAUAUCUAGAUGGAUAUUAAGAUGACCUCAUGUAAAUUCAAACCAGCUAACACCAGGUCAUGAUAAAACAAUAAUGCCAUUGCUUCACAGAGCGCAAAUCAGGCUAUAGUAAUUAAUUUGUAUAUUUAAAGUUGUUUAAGCAAGGUUUUAUACCAUUAAAUAGUGUUGUUCUGUUUAGUCAAUGAUGCAAUUCAAGAUGAAACAUAUUAAGAUAUACCUAUAUAAUUUUUUAAUAGCAAAUUCAAAUAAAGAAAAGAAAUUAAUUUUGAAAUAAUUUAUUUUCUAUAAUUCCAACAUGUACUCAACAGAUAUUUUGCUUAACCAUUUUGAAUUAUCUAUAACUUAACUUAAUUUUGGAACUUGAUUGAAUACCUGAAAAAAUCAACAUAAAUAAAAGUACAAACAGGAUUAUUUGUACAUUUUUUAAACGCUUGUCAUUGUGUCAUUUUCUGUUAACUGUAUGCUUCUGAGAUAAAAUCAUAAUAAGAAAUGGAAAUUAGAAAUCAUAUAAAUGCGUUUGUGUAUGAUGACAAUACAAUAUAGGAUCAUUUUUUGAGUUACUAGAUAUAUUUUUGAGAGUGCAUGAGAAAAACUAUUUAAAAUUGAAUUUGAGAAAGAUGUUUUUUGAAGAUAUAUUUCGAAUAGAUUAAAUAUUUCCUGCAAUAUACUGAUAUGACCAAUUAGAGCAAAAAAUAGAAAGAUUGCAACUUGUUGAUUUUUUUACAAAUUUUUUAUUUGCUCUCAUUCAUAUUUUUCUGGUAUAUCUAUCUAAUUAAGGGAAUAAACAUUUUUUCCAUCAAGAGGCUCGGUACCACCUAAAUCAAGUUAAUCGUACACUUUUAUAGGAGUUCACACUGAGUAUAUUUAAACCCCAAACCAUCAACAUGCAUGUUCUGUUUAAUUCAGUAAAUGUAUGUGCCCAGAAGCUGCCCAUUUGAAUCAAGGAGAAAAAUCAGUUAAAAGCUGUACCUCAAUGCUAAAUAUUAUUCCUUCUGUCAAGAUUUUCCUCUUACUGGUUAAUGGAAAUUGGAAAAAAUACAUACUAAAAUAAUUUAGGGAUAAUUUAAUACUUAUAUCUGAGAUAUAAAUUGGGUUAACAAAAAUAUUAACAUUUUCUUUUUCAGUUUACGGGCCGUGUAUGGUACGGACGAUCAGAGAAAUGCCCUUCAUGGUAGUGAUAGCUUCAGCAGUGCCCAGCGUGAAAUUAGGUUUUUCUUUCCUGACAGUAAGUCAAAUAAUUUUCAUGUACAAUGAUAAUCAUUUUUUAUUUCUGUUAUCUGUUUUAUAUUAGCCUAGUUGUAUAGUUCAAUUCAACUUAAAAAGGAUGAAAUUGAAUCUUAUUUUAUCUUAAUCGGUGUCAAUAAACGGUGUCCAUUUUUUAACAGAUGUUUCCAAGUGCUUUGUUUGGGGGCCCAACUACUCCAGAAUUAAAAGAGAAGCUUUCUUACAAAUUUAGUAAUUUUUAAAUGAAUACUUAUUGUGUUACUUGCUGUGUAAAUAUGACAUUAACUAUCAAGUUCAAAAAUGUAAGGCUAAUUUAACCUGAAAUUUAAUAAAAAUCACCACUUUGCUUCCCAGGUGUAUUGUCUAUUAUGUUUUGUGUUUCAAAAUUGACAAAUAAUGCAUUGGAAUUAAAAAUUGAAAAAAAAAAACAUUUAAAUAAUUGAUUUGCAAACAGUUUAUUUUUAGAAAUUAAACUGAAUAAAGCACUCUUAUGUUAAAGCAUAUGUUAAUUAACAUCUCAGUAAAAAGGAAUUAUUAACUAAUUAUAAGAGUGUUGGACUGUGAUGAAGCUUUCAUGUAGAUUAAUUAGACUCAAAAAAUUUGUGUAAAUAAAACAAUAUAGGUGCAGCUUUAAUAAUGAUCAUACAGAAUACAAAUGCAAUUAUUUCAGCAAAUGCCUUCAUCAGUACAAAAGCGGAAAACAAAAAAAUAUUAUUAAAAAAAAAAUGUACAGUGGUUGGGCCUAUAUUAUUUAAAUUUUAAGUAAACAUAUGUUUUUUGAAGCUGAACUUAUAUUGUUGUUUGCUUGUUUUUGUGUAGGUAUUGUGGAGCCUGUGGCAACUGGUCAGGCUGCAAAAGAUUAUCUCUCGAAAGUUGUUAACCCAACUCUACUUAAAGGUUUGACAGAUUUAGCUAAAAAGAAACCAGAGGACCCAGUGGUAAGUAUUCUUUUACUGAAAUAUUUAUCUUUUAAAGUUAGGUAAAAUUUUCUCCAAUCCAAUAUAAUUGGCAUUUUAUGUCAAAUCAAUUGUCUAUAUUCUAGCUACAUAAUUUUCAGUUACUAUUUAUUUUUGUUUGCUUUACUUUUCAUUUAAGUGACAUACACUAUUAAAUGUCAUUUAAGGCAUCAGUUUCCAUCUUCCUCUGAUGUUGUAAUGAUCUCAAAAAGACAAAAUGAUAAAGACAAUUAAUACCUCAAUUAUUUUUGUUUAAGCAACAUAUGUAAAUUAUGUUCACACAUAGAUACAUUAAUCCAAAAACAUUUUUUGCAGACUGAUAAUAAAAAAAUAGUAAACAGCUAUUUAAAUUUUAUCAUUUUCUUUCCAACAAGCUCUGGUUAGCUGACUGGCUUUUGGAGAACAACCCCAACAAACCCAAAGUUAGGAAUCCCAUUGUGGAAUUGGCAUAAAUAAUUUCAACAAGCACAUCUAUCAUUGACAGUAGUAAAAGAAAUUAUCAUGUUUAAAAUUUUGUAAAUAUUUUGUCAUUGCCAUAUAUAUCAGAUUUAUGAACAUAUUAAUAAUAAAACGUAUGGGUGUUUGGUUUAUCUGUGAAAGACUUAAUAAAAUAAUGGUAAUUAUUGUUACACAGUCAAUUUAUGCAGCUUAAUUUUAUAAAGAAUUAUAAAAUUCCUUUUUAAACUUUAAAUUCUUAAACACUAUACAAUGCAUCAUUUAAUAUAUACAAUUUUAUUUUAGUCUACCAUAAGCUUUUACAUUAAUUAAUCAGUUUGUUCAAAGUAGGAAUUCUUUAAAAUAUUACGUUUUAUGCUAAAGCUAACUCAUUUUUAGCCGUUUGAAAACAAAAAUACUAGUUAAGUUAUGUGUGUAAGUACAAGUCUUUCUAUUUGUUUGAUAUCAAUAAAAUUGAUGCACUAUUUAUAAAAUAUAUUUUAAAUUAAUUCGCCCAAUAGUUCAUUUUUUUGAGAGUAUGGAUGUCUGUAACUAAUGUGUUAAUUUAUUUGAAAGUAUGUUGUUUUUUUAUGAAAUAAGAUAUUGAUUUAAAUAAUUCCUUUAUUUUCUUAUUGCAUAAAUAGUUGUAGCAACAGGAUUUUAUUCAAAUUUGAUUUAAGUUUUGAGACAAAUAGUUAAAAAAUAAUAAUUUAAAAAAAUGUUUUAAGUAAUACACAAUUUUACCUCUUUCCUAUAAAUAAAUUAUAAUUAUUUGUGCUGCAAUAUCAAAUAGGAUAGAGGAUAUUAUGAGCACCUACCUCGCCCAUAAGCUAGAAAUUUGGAUUAUUUAUUGAUUGAAUAUAUCUUUCACAAGUAAAAUUUUUAAAUAUAAUUUAUAUUAUUUUUCAGUUUUAUGUCUUAAAAAGACCUCUUACCAGCCAUAUAUUAACAUAUCGCAUGAAACAUUUAGGGAUUAUACAGAGCCAAUCUAAAAUAAUUGAUGUGCAAGGAAAUGCAUUUAAAAAAUAUGUGUGGUGUAGGCCAUAUCUAAAGGCCUAUUCAUCUAAUAUAUUUAUCAAUGAAAAAUAUAUAAUGGGAGAAAAUGAUACAUCCUUUCUCUUAAGCCUAAUUUCUAAUUAUUUUAUAAGAUAAGGACAUGUCACUGCAUUAAACUUUUUAUACACCACUACUAGCAUUAUUAUUAUUAUUAGGCUCUUUUCGAAGCCUGUAGUUUCAAGAUACUGUCAAUAUUGGAUUCACUUUUGAAUUAUGGCCUCCUUUUAACUAUAAGAAAACUUCAGAGGGCUGUAAAUGCUCAUGGAUAAAACUACAAUACUUUUGAUUUUAUAUUGCCUUUAUAUAUCUUAAUAAUAUAAUUUUAAAAAUCUGAGACCUUCUUAAGAGGGCGAGUUAGUGUGUUUUAUUUUCAUUCAAAUGUUAUAUAACCUUCUGGACCAUAGUUAGAAAACAAUUUAGCUCAGUUUAUUUCAUUUUAGCUGUGAACUGAAGAAAAGCAUUCUUUACUGGUAAUGGAUAUCUGAUUUUUAAAUUAUAGUUGAAGGCUAAAGACUUUCUUUAUGUGCUCAAAAAGAUUCACAUCAUUGAGGUUUAUCAGAAAAAACCAUUCACACAGAGGUUCUUUUGAGACAUUUAUCAAAGGAAAUGUGCAAGCCCAAAGAGCCCCUGGAUCUCAAUGAGCAUGUGCUGAUGUUGAACAAGGAACAAUUUAAAUUGUUAAAACGUUUUAAAUUGUCGCAAAUCUUGUCAAAACCUUGCUUCCUAUAACUAUAAACAAGCAAACUUUUCAGUAGGCCUACUUAUGAGCAAACUAUCUUUCCAGUACCUAUGACUACGAGCAAACAAAAUUUUUUGUAUUUAUGAGUAACCAAACUUCAGCAAUUCUAUAUGUCGCUAUAAAUGGGCAUAUACGUCAAUGUGAAGAGAUGAUAAUUCAGUCGACUUCUGAAUGUCUUGAGUGUUUAAUAAUGCAGUAUAAGCAAAAAGAGUAAGGCUUUGUUGCAGAACUGGAGCUUGGAGCAGGUUUUUCCUCCCAUAUUUUUGCCGCUUGUCUGAGCUCCAUUAAUUGUUCUGAAAAAUAAAAAGGCAAAAAAAUUUAAAUAUUUUAUUGUCAUAAAAACUUCUUAUAUUUCUUUAUUUGUAUGCAUGAACAAAAUAUUAUGCCUUCCUUUUCUCUGG